UGAGGCCGACGUUUUGACAACAAUGUGACGGUUCAUUUAUACUUUAGUGGUUAAGAGAUAUACAUUUCUGAUAUUCUGGCAAUGGGGUCACUGACGUCCAACGUAGGAGAAGAAAAUUCAGCGACGGCAGCCACAGUAGCAGAGGCUAAGUUGGUGUGUCUGGGAGUAAACAACCAGAGCUACAUAUGUGAGUCGGGUCAUUGCUGUGGAGAGACACAGUGCUGCAGCUACUACUAUGAACUGUGGUGGUUCUGGUUGGUGUGGACUCUGAUCAUUAUUCUGACAUGCUGCUGUGUGUGUCAGCACUGGCGUUCUAAGCAGCGCUUCCAGCAGCAGCGCCGGCAGAACGAGAUCAACCUCAUUGCUUACAGAGAGGCUCACAACAACUCUCACUUACCCCUCUAUCUCCGAUUCCUACCCACCUACCUGCUGCCAGCCUAUGAAGAGGUAGUUGAUCGCCCGGCCACACCUCCCCCACCCUAUACCCCUCUCCAGCCUGCACUUCCACCCACAGACCCACCUGAUGAAUCACCCUGCCCACAGUCAGCUGUCUCCAUCCCCAGUGAUGCUGAUGCAGAGCACCAUGCUACUCCAGAGGCUAUACACACCCACCCACACUGUGCUUACAACCACAACAAGGACUCAACGCCGGGCAGGUACCGGCGUUUCACUGGGGAUUCUGGGAUUGAAGUGUGUGAUGGCCAGGAACUGUGGGAUCAGCACAGCCUUUUAGAAAGAGAAGAAGAGACAGAGGAAGAGGGGGUGGAGCAAAUGGAUCGCUGUAGUCCCCAGACCUGUGAACACAGCCAUAUUAGUGAUGUAGUCAUCAAUGAAAGCACAGAUGGACAUACAGUUGUGGAUACAGAGCCACAGUCUCUUAGGUAAUCUGAAACAAAUCUGUACAGCAAUAGCUGAUGCAAUAUUCUGCCUUUGGUGCUCAGGGGUUAGGUCCUUAUGUACAUGUAUAAGUUUUACUAACACCAGUUUGUGUGUGUGACAGGUCUGGAGACAAAUGUAAGGUACAACUAAACAAUUUCCAAGAAUUUAAAGCAACGUUAUCAACUUAGCAACUUCUGAUUCUUCUGAGGUUGAAAGUGUGAUUUUCAGCAAGCUUAUCCCCCUUCACAUUUAAGGCCCAUUUAUGCCCAACGUUAAAUACAGAUCUUUUUCCGGAUGGAGCCUUCUGUCCGUGCUCUGCGUUCAUUUCAUCCGUAUUUCUGCACGUUUCCAUAAAGCUUACGGAUACGGACUUAACGGAGCAGUACCACCGUAAACCAUGGGGGGCAGUGUUGCUGUCACUACCCGAUACGUAGCUCUAGUGAGACAUGAAGAAGAAAUAACAAUGGCGGAACCUUUUAAGGAAAGGUUGUGUGAGUUGGCUAGAAACUUUAAACAUAUCGUUUUUUGUCUUUUAUGCAAGAGGAACAUUAUCAAUA